ACAAGAGAAUAUUUUAAUCAAUUCAUCAGAAUCAAUGGUGAAGAAAGCUGUAUUGAUAGGGAUCAAUUAUCCUGGAACCGAAGGAGAGCUGUUGGGCUGCAUCAAUGACGUCAAGAGGAUGCACAAAUCACUCAUCGAACUGUACGGGUUCUUGGAGGAGAACAUCGUUGAGAUGAUUGAUACAGACACGUCAAAAACCCAACCCACCGGCAAGAACAUUCGACAGGCGUUGUGGGGUCUUGUUGGGUCGGCAAAGUCAGGUGAUGUUCUCGUUGUUCAUUACAGUGGACACGGGACUAGGUUGCCACCGGAGACAGGAGAAGACGAUGAUACUGGCUUUGACGAGUGUAUAGUUCCCUCCGAUAUCAACUACAUCACCGAUGAUGAUAUCAAAGAAAUUGUGAGUCAUGUGCCCAAGGACUGUUCCUUUACAUUCGUCUCCGACUCUUGUCAUAGUGGUGGUCUUAUUGACUCAGCCAAGGAGCAAAUAGGAGAGAGCUUUAAAAAGAAGUCCAAUAAAAAGUUCAAAUGCCUUUUUGGACUCUUUUGUUCCAAAGGUACAACAAGUAAGGCUGCAUCAAAAGAAGAAACAUCCAUCGAGAUUGAACAAGAAGGUGGUGAAAACAAUGUCAAUGGCAGAAACAGAUUUCUACCACUACAGACUUCGAUCAAUAUGUUGAAGCAAGCUACAGGAAUAGAUGAUAUCAAAGAGGGGAAUAUCAGGACGACCCUUUUCGAUUUGUUUGGAGAAGAUGCAUCCCCAAAGGUGAAGAAGUUCAUGAAGGUGAUACUGAGCAAUAUGCAAGAGAGUACUGGUGAGGGUUUGAUGUUGGGGACACUUGGGAAACAAGCAAUAAUUUUUCUGAAGGAUAAGUUAAAUGAUGAAGACUAUUUGAAACCUGCGAUGGAGACACAAGUCAAGAGCAAGAAAGAGGUCUAUGGAGGGGCUAUUAAUGGAGGACUUAGAAGCAAUGGUAUUCUGCUUAGUGGGUGCCAAACUAAUCAAGUUUCUGCUGACGUUGGCUCUAAAGACAAGGCCUAUGGAGCAUUCACGAAUUCAUUACAGAUCAUACUUGCUGAGACAAAAGGUAAGAUCGGUUACAAAGAGUUGGUUUUAAAGUCCAGGAAGUAUCUUGAAAAACAGGGUUAUCCUCAACGACCAGGGUUGUAUUGUAGCGACAGUUACGUGAAUGCUCAGUUCAUAUGUUGAGAAAAACUUUGACAUGUUUGUAAUUUUCUUCAGAUACAUUUGGUUUGAUGUUGAACAAGUAUUCAUGUGA